GACCGGAUGUCGGGUUGUUGUUGUUUUUGUGGGGGUUGAGCUCUGGCUCCGCCGGCUCCGGCUCGUAUAAAUAAUGAUAUUUGACCGCCUUUCGGUGUGUUGAUGUCGGUGUGGAGCAAGCGAGAGCACAGCUGAUGGAGUAGGAUAGACGGAGGAGUUUAUCCCGUAGUUUUGCUGGUUUUAGGGCUUCAUCAGGAUGGAGACCCGGGUUUCGGAGCUCUUCGGAUCGGCCACCUCACAGAAGUGCGCCUCUUCGGCGGCCGGUGCCAGAAAAACCGCCAAAAACGGCAGCAAAAAGUACAAAAGUCGGUCAGGCCGGUAUCCAAAGGCAAGCAAUAAUCCGCCGUAUCUACCUCCAGAGGUUGAAGAGGGAAACAUUGAGUACAAGCUGAAGCUGGUGAACCCCACGCAGUACCGCUUCGAGCAUCUGGCCACGCAGAUGAAGUGGCGGCUGCAGGAGGGCCGAGGGGAGGCCGUGUAUCAGAUCGGGGUGGAGGAUAACGGCCUGCUGGUGGGCCUGACGGAGGACGACAUGAAGGCCUCGCUCAAAACACUGCGCAGGAUGGCUGAGAAGGUGGGUGCAGACAUCACAGUUCUCAGAGAGCGGGAGGUGGAUUAUGACGCCGACGAGCCGCACAGAAUAGCCGAAGUCCUUGUCAGGAAAGUGCCGGAUGAUCAGCAGUUCCUGGACCUGCGGGUGGCUGUUCUGGGUAAUGUGGACUCUGGUAAAUCCACUCUGCUGGGUGUCCUGACACAGGGAGAGCUGGACAACGGGCGAGGGAGAGCGAGACUCAACCUCUUCAGACACCUCCACGAGAUCCAGACUGGACGCACCUCCAGCAUCAGCAUCGAGAUCUUGGGCUUUGACAGUAAAGGAGAGGUGGUGAACUACAGCGAGUCCCGAACCGCAGAGGAAAUCUGCGAGAGCGCCUCAAAGAUGAUCACCUUCAUAGACCUGGCCGGACACCACAAAUACCUGAAGACCACCAUCUUUGGUCUGACCAGCUACUGUCCAGACUUCGCCAUGCUGGUCGUCAGCGCAAACACAGGCAUCGCGGGUACGACGCGAGAGCACCUGGGUCUGGCGCUAGCUCUGAAGCUGCCGAUCUUCAUGGUGGUCAGUAAAGUGGAUCUGUGUGCGAAGGCCACGGUGGAGCGGACGCUGCGGCAGCUGGAGCGCGUCCUCAAGCAGCCCGGCUGUAAUAAAGUGCCCAUGCUGGUGUCCUGCACAGACGACGCCGUCACCGCCGCACAGAACUUCGCACAGUCACCCAGCAUCACCCCCAUCUUCACCCUGUCCAGCGUGUCUGGAGAGAGUCUGGAUCUGCUGAAGGUGUUCUUCAACAUUUUACCUCCACUGAGCAACAGUAAAGAGCAGGAGGAGCUGAUGCAGCAGCUCACAGAGUUCCAGAUUGAUGAGAUCUACACAGUGCCUGAUGUGGGGACAGUGGUGGGCGGGACUCUGUACAGUGGGAUCUGUCGUGAGGGUGAGCAGCUGGUUGUCGGCCCCACAGCUGAUGGUCAGUUUGUAGAGCUGUCGGUCUGCAGUAUCCAGAGGAAUCGCUCCGGCUGCCGGGUGCUCCGAGCAGGACAGGCCGCUACACUGGCGCUCGGAGACUUCGACCGCUCGCUGAUACGAAAGGGAAUGGUGAUGGUCAGUCCGGAGAUGAACCCCAGCAUCUGCUGGCGCUUCGAGGCCGAGAUCGUCUUACUGUUUCACGCCAAGACCUUCCACAAGGGCUUCCAGGUGACCGUUCAUGUGGGGAACGUGCGGCAGACGGCCACAGUGGAGGCUCUGCAGGGAAAGGAUGAGCUGCGCACCGGGGAGAAAGCGGUGGUCCUCUUCAGGUUCAUCAAACACCCAGAGUACCUGAAGGUGGGGGCGAAGCUGCUGUUCAGAGAGGGGGUCACCAAAGGCAUCGGUCAGGUGACCAAACUGCAGCCCGUCGCGCUGGACCAGCAGCACUGAGGAGGUUACCACGGCGACAACAUCCAGCACAGAUUCAGAGCUGCUGGUCCAGCACUGUGAGGAAGGCAUCAGUUACCACGGCAACAACAUCCAACACUGAUGCCUUCCUCAGCUGCUCUGAAUCAGUUACCACGGCAACAACAUCCAACACUGAUGCCUUCCUCAGCUGCUCUGAAUCAGUUACCACGGCGACAACAUCCAACACUGAUUCAGAGCUGCUGGUCCAGCACUGUGAGGAAGGCAUCAGUUACCACGGCAACAACAUCCAACACUGAUGCCUUCCUCAGCUGCUCUGAAUCAGUUACCACGGCAACAACAUCCAUCACUGAUGCCUUCUUCAGCAGUUCUGAAUCAGUUACCACGGCAACAACAUCCAUUACUGAUGCCUUCUUCAGCAGUUCUGAAUCAGUUACCACGGCAACAACAUCCAACACUGAUGCCUUCCUCACAGCACUGGACCCGCAGCUUUGAGGCUGUUACCAUGGCGACAACAUGCAACACCGAUGCCUUCCUCAGCAGCUCUGAAUCCGUUACCAUGGCAACAACAUCCAACACUGAUGCCUUCCUCACAGCGCUGGACCAGCAGCUCUGAGGUGAUUACCAUGCCAACAACAUCCAACACUGAUGCCUUCUUCAGCAGUUCUGAAUCAGUUACCACGGCAACAACAUCCAACGCUGAUGCCUUCCUCACAGCACUGGACCCGCAGCUUUGAGGCUGUUACCAUGGCGACAACAUCCAACACCGAUGCCUUCCUCAGCAGCUCUAAAUCCGUUACCACGGCAACAUCCAACACUGAUGCCUUCCUCAGCGCUGGACCAGCAGCUCUGCAUCAGUUACCAUGGCAACAACAUCCAACAUUGAUGCCUUCCUCAGCACCGCCGGACCAGCAGCUCUGAGGCGGUUACCAUAGCGACAACAUCCAACACUGAUGCCUUCAACAGCACUGCUGGACCAGGAGCAGCUGAGACACACACACAUAUUCACACAGAUGCCUUCCUCUAUCAAGCUUAUCUCAGAGCGACUGCCCCACACACACACACACACACACACAGAUGCUUUUAAUAGCGUUUAGCAGACACUUCACACUCAGGUCUGGUGUUGAGGCGAGAUGCUUCUGCUAUUGUGAGUUCAUUUUAAGCACAUUUUUAAAACCACAGUAAUCAGCAUUAAUAUUCAACACAAGAGGUCAUCGUGACGUGUUUCCUAAGCUUCAGUUUAAUACUUACACACACACACACACACACACACACACACACACAGCAUCAGAGGUUUUUCUACAUGCGCACAGGCCAGAAGAUGUUCCUCCAAUCACUGAUGAGCUUUACGUUUGAUCACUGUCCGUUGUCUAGCUGAUGUGUGAUGACGUGUGUAUCCGUUUACACUCAUCAGCUGACCUCAAACGCCGCUGUAGUUCUCUUUUUACAGUCUGGACGUCCUCAAGUGCUCUUCUUACUGCCUUUUCUCUCUCAGGAUGUGUGUAUGUGAUGGGGCUUGGCUAGUUUCUGUUCUCUGGCUUUGGUGCUUGUUUUUAUCUUCAGUGUUGAAAGCUUUGUUAGUCAGUCACUGUCCUGUCGGCGUGUUCUUCAUCAGGAGUGUGUGUGUGUGUGUUUGACUAGAUCACUUUUCUGAGCAUCACCAGUGCAAUUUUAGAGUAACAGAGAGAAAAAUGAUGCGUUUGAACCAAAAACAGAGCAUUCAUUAGGGAUGUUGUCGUCUGAAAGGGGUUUAGUUUGGUAGAUUUGUACUUCUUUUUAUUCGGAGCGUUUUCGACUGACUUCUUUUCCACCCAACGUCACGUUUCGGCGCUCUGCUGUUGAUAUUUUAGAUAUUUUAGCCGUAUUUUUUGGUGAUUUGGAGUAUUUAUGUACAGAUCUGUUUUGUAUAUUGUGAUGUACAUAAAUAAAGGUUUAUUAUAGUUUGCAAAUUACAAAA